AUGGCGGCUGCAAUUACAUUGCCUACCUAUCCAAGAGGUGUUAAGCUAUUAUCUUCUGAGUGUGUUGGUUCCAGAGUUGUGAUGCUGGGUCUUUAUGCAAUGUCUUACAAACCUACUAGUAAUUUUGGGCACGAGAAUAAUUCUCGCUGCUGUUUCUUCUGCGUACCUGAUCCUCUUCUAAUCAACAAUUUCAAGAGAAUUUCAUGGUCAGUCAGAAGCAGUGUAGAUAACAAUGGGUCUAACCCAUCUCCAACAAAUGGCACUACAGGCACAACACGAUGAAUUAGGGUUAUUAGAGAAAUUCAAUCCAAGUUAGGUGCCAGAAUUGGAGAGAUAAGGAGAGGUUUGCCCAUGAAAAUACUCUUCUUCCUAGUGGGGUUCUAUUGUUCAACUGCUUAUUCCACUGUUAUUGGGCAAACUGGAGACUGGGACAUUCUCUCUGCUGCCUUUGCCAUGCUCAUCGUGGAGGGGAUUGGGGCCCUCAUGUACAAGGCUUCUCUUCCGUUAUUGGAGAAGACUAGAAGCCUGAUAACCAAGUUUAAUUAUUGGAAAGCUGGGCUUGUGAUGGGUCUCUUCUUAGAUUCAUUUAAAUAUGAAAUCGAUGACAUUUUCGGAUUCAGCAACCCCUUCAGCUUUGUACUAGAUGCAUUAUCAGUAAUCCUUUAGAAAAUGGCUCUUUCAAUUGCUACUCACAGAUGUGUUUAUCAUUCAGGGAUUGAGAAAUGUGAUUGGUGAACAUAAGUUGACCUGACUACAAUGGCGGAGCAACAUGUUGACCCAUUUCAGAAAAUAGAAGAGGCCAGAGAGUUAAUAGGGUGACACAGAUAAAAGUGGCCUUCCUGCCCAUGAUUAACAAAUAUAUUGUAGCUCCUGACACCAUUGGAACUUUCUUCUGAUGACUGAAUUCUCUUCACUUGGCUUAUGUAAAAAGUCUGCUGCUUCGAAAUAUGGUCACGAAUACAUGCUUCAUUCUGUUGGAGACAGCAAGAUGUCAAAAAAUAAGAUAAGCGGGAAUGCUCGAAGUGGAUCGAGCAAUAUGUGCUUCCAGUCCAGCUGCUUACAAUAAUUCUCAGUCUGUUAAUCUGGAUAUAGCACCUGAUUGAAAGGCUAAACGACACUAUUGGUUGGUAGCUCUUCAGUUAAGUGGGAAGAUUUUGCAUAUUGGUGUGAACAUUAUAGCAUACAUCUUAUAAUUGUCCAGAGUUGUUUUAAGAAAGUCAUGAGAUUGCGCAUGUUAGAUCUCUGCAGCCAGUCUUGAAAUUUGAUGAAGAUGGUCUGGCAUUCGAGAGGGCAGGUACAAAUAAUGUAUGGAAGAUUGUUUCGUCCACACUGAUAAUGGUGAAACAGCCUUAAAAAUUGGAUCGUAAUUAAAUUUGGCUUUGCUUUCCAGGUCAGCUUCCGUUUGGUCCAUCUCAUCCCAGUACAAACUGCUUAAGACAUUGGCCACAUAUUUGGUUGUUCAGUUACUUGAGCAGUAGUAUGUGUAAGUUCUUUACAGAAAAGGCAAAGAAUUUUUAUCUAUCUGAUAUACUAUACUGAAUUAACAAACUACACAUAGUGGACAGCUUCGUUGAUAUAUUCAGAAGUAUCUUUCUCAUAUAUUUAGCUUUUGGAUGCUUAAUAAUCGUUUGAUGCAUUCUGUUUACUUCUAAUUGCUUAAAUAUGACUAUCCGGUGAAGUCCUGACCGGGUCAAAAGAGUGCGCAUACCUUCACCAGUAUUAACUGCUGGCCUGCUAGGAUAUUUUUUGUAAGGCACACUUGAGGGGGCCAAGCAAUUCCCUUCCCAAGUGA